UUUAACCUUAACUUCCAAUAUUCUUUUGCCUGCUUUUGCAACAAAAAUUUUGGAUCAAUCCCUCAUCAGCUGUAAGGUCAAGCGAGAAGAGAGAGAGGGAAAAAUUAUCGUCAUGGCAGGAGAGGGAUCAUCGAGUUCAAGAUCCUUAAGUGAUCAAUCAGCUGCUGCUCCUAGCCGCUAUGAAUCCCAAAAGAGAAGAGAUUGGAACACUUUUGGUCAAUAUUUGAAGAAUCAAAGACCUCCAGUUCCACUCUCCCAAUGUAAUAGCAGCCAUGUUCUCGAGUUCCUUCGAUACUUAGAUCAGUUUGGCAAGACUAAAGUUCACUUGCAAGGUUGCAUGUUUUAUGGCCAGCCUGAGCCACCUGCCCCAUGUACUUGUCCGCUUAGACAAGCUUGGGGCAGCCUCGAUGCCCUCAUCGGAAGGCUUCGCGCCGCCUAUGAAGAGAACGGAGGAUCCCCAGAAAGCAACCCCUUUGCUAGUGGUGCAAUAAGAGUUUAUCUUAGGGAAGUGAAGGAGUGCCAAGCUAAGGCAAGGGGAAUCCCAUAUAAGAAGAAAAAGAAGAAGACUUCCCCAUCAGGAGGCAAAGGAGAUGAUGAGUCAAGUUCAUCCUUGCCAUUCUCCUAAAUUCAAUCAAUGCUUUCAACAAAUGGAAUCUAGUUGUCUCCAACAACGGACCGUGGGGAUGCAACUACAUUCUAACAGAUGAUUAUGUGUACUAUUUGUCUGGAUUCUAUAUUAUUUUCUGGAUACAGAACUAAGACCAACAAAUAAAAGUUCAAGUCAAGGACAUUGUCUUUAAUUGAGUAGAUUUAAUGACAAGAUACUUAAAGCAAAUCUAAUCUAGCUACUAAAGCAAGUCUAACACCACUCCAACCCAUGCAUGUACUAAGUGGCGACCACUUUUGCUUUGAUUUGCCAUACAAGAUUUGCAUAUCAAGAAUCAGAAGUUGGUCUUCUCAUCGAUACGAAAAACUAUCAAGAUUUGAAAGCAGAUUUACUCCUCCAGUGGAGAAAACAAAACAAAUUUUCUGCACUAGUAUAAUGGCUUCCGUGUGUUGCAGAUAGUUUAAUUAAUUAAAUUUAUGUA